GCGGCACUCCGCCGCCCCCGAAAGUCUGCCACAGGCGGGCCCGGUGGUGGAGCCAGAGUUCUCCCGGCUGGAUACGGCCCUGCCUUGGUGAAACCUUUCUGUUCCUCAGAUUUGCCAGUUUGGGAUUAGUUACGAAAGAAGAAAAAAAAGGAGGAGGAAGGGGGGGGGGAGAGAGAGAAAAAAAGUCUUCAUUCCAGCGUCAUUGUAACUCAGGGGUUUGCUUGGACUUAAAACCAAUCCGUCUCGCUUCUUGUGAACUCGGAAUAUUUCUCUCUCACACUUUCGUGAAAGUAACUUUCCCCGAAGAACUCUGUAACUGGAUAACAAGCGUAAUAGGAUGACAUCUCUUGUGGAUCCCAGGAUUAAACAAGCUUUGCGGAAAAAGCCAUCGGAAAGGACUGAAGAGGAGUUAAAUACUAUCUAUUACUAUCUUCAUGGAAUGGACAUACUGUCUCAUCUCAGGGAGCAUCAGUUAAGAAUUAUGACUGCCAGUGCACGUUACAAAAGGUACGACGGAAAUCAAGUUCUGUUUUGCUCAGACACUAUUGCAAGAUGCUGGUAUAUUCUGCUGUCUGGAUCUGUGCUUAUGAAGGACUCCAUGUUUUUGCCACCCUGCAGUUUUGGCAAGCAAUCUGGAGGAAAACGAGGUUGCGAGUGUAUUGUAUUGGAACCUUCUGAAAUGAUUGUGGUGGAUAACUCAAAAGAGAAUGAAGACAACGUCCUGCAAAGGGAAGUGCCCCUUCGACAAUCUCGGCGGAGGUUUAGAAAGAUUAAUCAGAGGGGAGAACGCCAGACCAUCACUGAUAAUGUGGAUGUUAGCAGCUACCUUUCACUUCCAGCAGACCUUACCAAGAUGCACCUCACAGAUGGUCAACAUCCACAGGUGACACAUGUCCCUUCAAGCCAGUCUGGCUGUAGCAUUGCAAGUGAUUCUGGGAGCAGCAGUUUAUCUGACAUCUACCAGGCUACUGAAAGUGAGAUGGGAGAUGUAGAUUUAACUGGUCUCCCAGAAGCACCGGUAGAUUCUGAAGAUGAUGAAGAAGAAGACGAAGACAUUGAUAGAACUUCAGAUCCACUGCUGGGACGAGAUGUCGUACGGGAGUGCCUUGAAAAAGAACCUGCUGACAAAACUGAUGAUGAUAUUGAACAAUUACUGGAAUUCAUGCAUCAGCUUCCAGCAUUUGCAAACAUGACUAUGUCUGUAAGAAGAGAACUCUGCUCAGUAAUGAUAUUUGAAGUGGUAGAUCAAGCAGGAGCCAUCAUCCUUGAGGAUGGGCAAGAACUUGAUUCUUGGUAUGUUAUUUUAAAUGGCACUGUGGAAAUCAGUCAUCCAGAUGGGAAGACAGAAAGUCUCUGUAUGGGAAAUAGUUUUGGGAUUACUCCCUCUCUGGAAAAGCAAUACAUGAAUGGUGUGGUUAGGACCAAAGUAGAUGACUGCCAGUUUGUCUGUAUAGCCCAGCAAGACUAUUGGAGAAUUCUGAAUCAUGUGGAAAAAAAUACACACAAAGUUGAAGAAGAAGGAGAAAUCGUUAUGGUGAAGGAACACAGAGAGCUGGACCGCAGUGGAACCAGAAAAGGACACAUUGUCAUUAAGGCAACACCCGAACGCCUCAUUAUGCAUUUAAUAGAAGAACACUCUAUUGUGGAUCCAACAUACAUUGAAGACUUUCUGUUAACAUACAGAACAUUUUUGUCAAGCCCUCUGGAAGUUGGAGACAAACUCCUGGAGUGGUUUCAAUUAGACAGUCUCAGGGACAAGGUUACUCGAGUUGUAUUGCUGUGGGUGAACAACCAUUUUAAUGAUUUUGAAGGAGAUUCAGCCAUGACACGAUUCUUGGAAGAAUUUGAAAAAAACUUGGAAAAUGCGAAAAUGAAGGGGCACCUCAGGUUACUAAACAUUGCCUGUGCAGCCAAGGCAAAGUGGAGACAAAUCACAUUGCAGAAGCCUUCUAGAGACUCCCCGCUUUUCUUCAGCCUCCUUGGAGGAAGCGAAAAAGGGUUCGGUAUUUUUGUAGAGACAGUGGAAUCAGGAAGCAAGGCAGCAGAAGUUGGGCUUAAACGUGGUGAUCAGGUAAUGGAAGUAAAUGGGCAAAACUUUGAGAACAUUACAUUUGCAAAAGCCACUGAAAUUUUGAGGAACAACACUCAUCUUUCCAUCACUGCAAAAACAAAUAUUUUUGUGUUCAAAGAGCUGCUUAGUCGAAUAGGUCAGGAGAAGAAUGGUGUCCCACAUAUCCCCAAAAUAGCAGAAAAGAAAAAUAAUCGCUAUUCCAUCCCAGAUAUUCCUGGAGAUGUGGAACAGAUGUUUCCACGUGAGAAAGGAAACAAGAAAAUGAAAGCAAACACUGUGUCUGGUGGAAGAAACAGAAUCAAGAAAAUCCUAGACAAGACACGAUUUAGCAUCUUGCCUCCAAAAUUAUUCAGUGAUGGCAGUGUAAACCAGUCACAGGAUGACAGUAUUGUGGGGACAAGACAAUGCAGACACAGUUUGGCAAUUAUGCCUAUUCCGGGCACGCUAUCGUCCAGCAGUCCUGAUCUCUUGCAGCCUACCACCAGCAUGUUGGAUUUUUCUAAUCCUUCAGCGGUUGGUUUUUACUACAUUCCAGAUCAGGUUAUAAGAGUUUUCAAGGCCGAUCAACAGAGUUGUUACAUUAUCAUUAGCAAAGACACUACAGCAAAAGAAGUUGUAAGCCAUGCAGUGCACGAAUUCAAUUUGACAGGCGCCUCAGACACUUAUUCUCUCUGUGAAGUUUCUGUGAGUCCCGAAGGAGUUAUCAAGCAGAGAAGGCUUCCUGACCAAUUUUCGAAGUUAGCAGACCGAAUUCAGCUCAAUGGGAGGUACUACCUGAAAAAUAAUAUGGAAACGGAGACUCUAUGCUCAGAUGAAGAUGCUCAAGAAUUGCUUAGAGAGAGCCAGAUUUCCCUUCUACAGCUGAGCACCAUUGAGGUGGCUACUCAGCUAUCAAUGAGAGACUUUGAAUUAUUUCGGAACAUUGAGCCUACUGAAUAUAUUGAUGAACUAUAUAAGCUUGAGUCUAAAACAGGAAAUGCUAACCUAAAACAGUUUGAGGAUGUUAUUAACCAAGAGACGUUUUGGGUUGCCACAGAAAUUUUAUCAGAGCCAAACCCGCUCAAAAGGAUGAAGAUUGUAAAACAUUUUAUAAAAAUUGCUCUCCAUUGUCGAGAGUGCAAGAAUUUCAACUCUAUGUUUGCUGUUAUAAGUGGUCUUAAUCUGGCACCAGUAGCUCGACUCAGAGGUACUUGGGAAAAGUUACCAAACAAGUAUGAAAAACACCUUCGAGACCUUCAAGAUCUUUUUGACCCAUCUAGAAACAUGGCAAAAUAUCGCAACAUUCUUAGCAGUCAGAGCAUGCAACCUCCAAUUAUUCCACUCUUUCCUGUUGUCAAGAAAGACAUAACAUUUCUUCAUGAAGGAAAUGAUUCAAAGGUGGACGGCUUGGUAAAUUUUGAGAAACUCAGAAUGAUUGCCAAAGAGAUUCGUCAAGUCAUCAGAAUGACUUCUGCUAACAUGGAUCCUGCUGUAAUGUUCAGACAAAGGAAGAAGAGGUGGAGGAGUUUGGGGUCACUGAGCCAGGGCAGCACAAACUCAAACAUGUUAGACGUUCAAGGAGGUGCUCACAAAAAACGGGCCCGGCGCAGCUCUCUGCUAAAUGCAAAAAAAUUGUAUGAGGAUGCUCAAAUGGCCAGGAAAGUCAAACAAUACCUGUCCAAUCUGAAUGUGGAAACAGAUGAAGAAAAGUUCCAGUUAAUGUCAAUUCAGUGUGAGCCUGCAUAUAGCACUUUGACAAAAAAUUUAAGUGAAAGGCGAGGUGCAAAAGCUGCAGAAAUGUCUCCGAUGCCGCUGAGGUCUGUUGGUCAAACCACAAAAGCCCAUUUACAUCAACAAAACCGAAUGAGUCAAGUCCUUCAAGUUCCAGCUGUUAAUUUGUACCCCAUUAGAAAAAAAGGACCAGCAAAAGACCAUGUCACUUUCAGUACAGGUUCUCCUCAGAAGUCAAUGAGUUUGUCUGAAGAAGCAAAUAGUAAAAAACAAGCAGAAGACAAUAUAUCCAUGGCUUCUUCUUUGCAUUCCAGUCCUCCUGCUUCUCCUCAAGGCUCUCCACGCAAAGUUGGUAACCCCCAGAGGUCUGAUAACUGCAGCCAGAUUAAUCUCUCUGGCUCAUCCUCAUCUCUUGCCAGUGAAACAAGCAACAAGAACAGUGGACAACGAAGCUAUGGAAUAGGCUAUGCCUUGAUCCCGUCUGCCAAAUCUGAGAAUUUUUCCGAUUCCAGCCACAGCGAGAUCUCUUCCCGGUCCAGCAUUGUGAGCAACUGCUCAGCUGACUCCAUGUCUGCAGCCCUUCAGGAUGAGAGGUGUUUGCCGCAGGCCGUGGUGGUGGUAGAUUCAAUAGGAACAGUGGAAAGGAAAGAGCACCUUCAAUCAUCCUCUGAAUGCAACCAGCCUUGCUCUGGUUGGGUGCUGCCUAGGCCUGCAGUGAUUCGAGGGCUGCCUGUCCCAUCCUCCAUGAGCACGGAGGAGAUUUCCCAUGAGCACAUCACGAUAGAAGCGGCAGAUAGCGGUCGCGGAAGCUGGACCUCUUGCUCAAGCAGUUCUCACGAUAACUUCCAAAAUAUCCAGAACCAGAAGGGAUGGGACCUCUUAAACUCUUACCGCCACACUCAUUUAGAAAGGGCCAUCGCCGAAGUGGAACCAUCCGGCUGCUGCCCCGAAGAAACUCAUUUGCAGCCCCACGUCCACUCAAAUAGCAGCAAGCAAUCCAAAGCCGGCAUGGACUUUGACCAGUCCCGGCAAAGCUGGGCCUCGUCGAGUUCUCUGUCAGACACCCACGAAUCAAACUAUGGGACAAUAAAGCGGAGAGGACUUGACGGCUUAAUGGCGGAGCAAGCCGAGGUUUUGGACUCCAAAGCGGGCAGUGAUACAACUUACAAAACUGUCACUUCGAGUACAGAGCGAGGCCUCAUAGUGUACUGUGUCACCUCACCUAAGGAAGACAAUAGGUAUAGGGAUCCACCGCCCACCCCACCAGGAUAUAUGGGGAUUUCUUUAGCGGACAUAAAGGAAGGAUCACCUCACCACCCACACCUAAAACCUCCAGACUAUAGUGUGGCGGUGCAGAGGUCCAAGAUGCUGCAUAGCAAGCUCUCUAGGCUCUCCUCCGCUCCUCUGAGUAGCGAACCCGUGGCCUGUUUUCCAAAGAAGAUGCCUCAGUGGCAUAGCCGGCAGCCGUCCCAUCCCCAGCUAGCAGAUAUGACUGACGCAAAUAGUGAAGAGGAUGAAGAUGAACAAGUAUCAGCAGUCUAGCCUUUGUGCUUCCUGUGAAGAUUGCCUCAAUAACAUCGGAAGAAGGAAUCAUACAAUGCUGUUAGCUAUAGCUGACAGCUUGCUGCUAUUGACUACAAAAUGUUGCAUUUGCCUCUCUUCUAAAUAACGCAGUUAUCCUCUCUGGAUCUUAAUUUUGAACUUGCACCAAUCCACUGAGAUCAGUUCCAUACCCUAAGGAAACUAUUUAUAUCUGAGAGAGACAGACAACUAAUCCUAAGGAAUACUGACCCUGGAUUGCAGUAACCCGUAUCCAGAAGGACCUAACUUUUAAUGCAUUGGGGCCACCUUGGAAGCAUUCUUCUGUAGAAAAUCCAUAGAAUCUUUUAGUACACUUCACUCAAAUAUUUUCUAUAUGACCAUCAUGGCUCUCAGUUGAAGAGUGUUAUGUUAUGUAGUUACAGAAACUGCAAAACUUCAGCCAAACCAACGAAACUGCAACAAUCUGAAGAGUAAUUUAUUAAUUUGGAGUUUAUAUAAGGAUUUAUUUUCCGUUUUGUUUUGUUUUGUUUUGUUUGUUGUAUGUGUAUUGGAAUGCUCUGGUUGGCUAAUGUGAAUGCUUUUACAAAGAAAAUAAGGUAACAAAUUUAUUUAGGUGUUAGUGAAAUGUUUGUACGCUAAGCAAAACACUUUGGAUUUCUGAGGAACUGGAUAUUCAUGAGUGCAGCUAGAGGUUUACACACAAUGCAACAUGAAACCUCUUUUGUAAAAUGCCAAGCCCCUGAGAUGUGUAUUAAAUGUGCUUUAAUGUGCAUCCAGUAGUGAAAUACUGCCAUCUGUUGGCCCUGUAUUUUAAAACCAGUGAAGUACAUGUGACUGUCCUUUCAACUUUCGAAUGACUUAAGGGCCUGCAGUUCCUCUCUUUCCCACAUUCCUUUUCCUGCCCUUCAGUCUAAGUGAAUCUUGGUGUUUGUUGUAUCUACGGCACUAUCUACUGGGAUCCUGUUAAGUGCAAGACCCAUUGUAAAAAAUAAUAAUGGAAGAAGCACAAGGAGAUGGCUGCUGUUUGCAAACUGCGCCCUGAAUUUUUGAGCUGUAUCGUCUUCAGCCAGUCUAGCAUUGAAGAAAUUCCCAUUGAGUUCUGCUGUUUAGGAGCCAGCCAGAGGUGUCCAAAACUUAGGCGUAGGACCAGAGAAAUCAGAAGGAAUGUUAGAUUCCAGUUCUUCACUUUUAGUAGUAAUAAUAACAACAUCAUCCUGGCAAACCUAUCAGACCUAGGUUUGCCAGGAAGCAUUUCCUUCAAUUCCAAAAGUGAAAGCCGAUUGCAGUUACCUGCCAAGCACCAGAUCAGACACACUUUCCACUAGUGUGAACUAUAUGAUCCAGGAUGAGCCCCUGUUUCUGGAAAUGAGUGUGAGGCGAAGCCCUAGUGAGACAUGGCUCCAAUUUAGGGCUGUACUUGCCAGGCUUCCCUGCACAACAACAUAGGAUGAAACAUGAAAAGGCAAAGAUGUUAAGUUUUCAGGGAUGAAAACUCAUCCCAAGGUUUGUGACUACAGAGAACUUUCAACUGUGGACUACUAUAUACUAACCUUCCUGUUCUUCCAGCCAGGACUAAAGUUAAUAUAUUUCAUCUUCUAGAUCAUCCCAGAUUUCCCCUAAACAUAGUGAAUUCUUGAGGUAUAGAGCUUUUACAAAUCACAUAAGCCACCCUUCGAGAGAACCUGUACAAGGAAGGAAGUGAUUUAUUGCUACCCAUGGGAAUUCACCACUGCCACUCAUUAAUUCCCCAAUGGUGAGCCCAUAAUGAGAACAAAGCAAGGCAUGUGCCUGCAGUCACUCUGGGCUUUGUAGACCUUCUUACCACUCUCAAGUGUCUCAGAAGCUUAGCGUGACUGCAAGAUCAAAUCCCUCUCCCUUGUCCCAGCCUUGGGUGCUGGGCUUCAGAGAUACUGGGGGGAAAUGAUGUUGGGACACAUCUGAAACCCAGUGAAACAGUAGGCAUAUCAGACUAUCCUCUACUGAGUUUGGAAGGUCUACUAAUAUAAUCGGCUAUUGGGUGGUAUAAAUAUGUAAUAAAUAAAAUAAAAUAAAUAAUUUGGAGGUGCUCUGAUGCCUUGCGCAUCUUUAGAGAAAGACCUCACUCUGAUCCAGAGUUGGGAUAGUUACUAAGAUGCUGUUUGUCAAAAAUUGCAUACCUCUGGGUCACAUGGGUGGAUGGACACACACACACACAGACACACACACACGUACGUAAGGGACAGAGCAAAGUCUUUGUUUAUAAUUAGGCUAAGUUGAUGUUGCAGCUUUACUUAGCCAACCAGAGUACAUGGAGAAAAACUGGAGUUAUCUGCAUUUAUUUUCUUCCUCUAGCACAUGAUGAUGGCCAACCAAACAUUAUAAAUAGACAUGAAUGUGUCAAUGUAUAUUUCAAGUUUACUUGUAAAUCUUAGAAUAGUUAAAAUGUUUACAAUCUAACCUAGAAGGAAGAUGUUUAUCGAUUUAAAAGGUGCCUCAGAGUAACUUAUUUUUUACACUUCCGAGUUAUAAAGAGCUUUCGGAUUUUCUUUUGUGCACGAGGCAAAUGCAGCAUAUUUUGGCAGAAUCCAAACAUAAGUACCAAAUAUUAAAUUUAAAAGCUAAAACCUUCUAUAUGCAUUACCUAUAUUGAUUUAGGCCAGUGCUAGUUAACCUAAGGCUAUGUUCUGGAUUUCUGUGAGCCUGCUGGAGUACUUUUAAUGCCUUUUAACAUGAAAUUACAAACCAGAAAAUAAUAGGAAGAAGUGGAGACGCUACCAAAUUCAUAUUUUAAUUGGCUGACUAUAUGUUAACACUCUAGCCUUAAAUAUCUGGAAUAAGUAGCUGUCAGUGUUCACUCCUUCCACUCCUUUCAGGGCCUUAAUGAAAGCAAUCAGUGAAAUAAUAUUAAAAUCGGACUCAAGUUGGCACCCACAAUUUCAAAAUGUAUAACACAGGCAGAACCCAAACCAACUUUUCCUGCACAAAUCCCAUUAGAAGUUCAGAAUAGUGCAACUUCGGUUGAUUUGCAUGAGCCUGGUGUAGGAUAAGUUCCUGGUGGAUUGUGUACAUAGACCACAAUCCUAGGUAGCCAUAGCAGAAGCAGGAAAGAAGCACGUGCUCAGCCAGAUAGAUUGUUCAAGUUCUUACUGUAGCUGACACCCAGCAGAAUGGGAAUACUGCCCUUCUGUUGAGCACUGAGGGUUGCUUGUUCAGCCAGCUGAUUGACUGCAGUUGGAACUUCAGUGCCUCUAGUUAUCAAAGUACUUCUCACCAGAUGAGCUAGGGCUAUCUAAGAAUGGAGCGAUAUUUGCCAAAAAAUAAGCUUGUACACCUCGAGCCUUAGCUCCCAGCAGAUCUAGUUCAUGUGUUUAUCAAGUGGUGCAUAAGUGCUAAUUUAAUGUAACUGCGAACAUAAUUGAAAAUAUGGUGUUUGGGGCCAAUAAGAUCAUCUCUCAGUAACCUCAAAUAUUUGUUUCAGCUUGUAGGAACAAAUCUUAAAGACUUUAAAGCCUUCUCCCUUGAGGGUAAUCUUUUUCCAUUCUGUAAGCCUGAUGCUCUGUACAUGGACACUGUCGUACCUCAAGGUCUGCUCACCUCAUCUGAAGUCCAUGGAGCCAGCCAUUUCACAUCAGUCACCCUCUUGAAUCUGAUGUUUUCCUAUCAACAGCACCAAUAAUAUUAAGUGUUCAAGUACAUUGGUUUUAAAGCCGUUCCCCAUCUCGUUAAUCAUGUUUUCCUAAUACAGAACCCAUAUAGUGUAAAUAUGCUCUUGGUAAGUAUGCUCUUUCAACUGCUUCAUAUUUGCACAGUGGGAGUUGCCUCGAUCUGUCCUUGCUCUCUAUUUGUUUAUUUUUUGUUUGUUCUUUUUAAAUCAGCUGAUCACAUUGAUCAGGAAUACUAGCCAAAAUGAAAUGAGGCAUGGGUUGGGUGCAAAGAGACAGAAUCACUUUAAAAACAAAAAAACAGUUCAUGUUAAAACUCUGCUUAAUCCUAUUCUAUGCUGUUUACAUAAUGUUUACUCGUAAUGUAAUUGAGCAUGUUACUAGCAUGUUCUAUGCGUUUGCCCCAGAUUAUAUGAUUUGUCCAAUCCUAACUUUCAUAAUGUGUUUGAAAUGGCCACCUCUUCUCUGUACAUAUCAUUUACACUUCAUUCAAUAUGUCGUCAGGAAACGAUCUCCAACCAAACAGGCUAUGUCGGUAAAGCGCACUAGGAAUGUUUGGAAAUCUCAAACAUGCAACCAAUAUCAGGUUUUUGCCUCCAUGUAGUUGCAUGAAUAGGGCAGGCAGAGGGGCAGGCAGACCCUCUCUCUUAAUAUAAAAGUAGAGCUGUAGCCUAUAUAUCCUUUAGGCUUGCCAGGCGAGUCCUUCUUAUUGAUGCUGGGCUUAUAAUGUCGGUGAACUAUGUUGUGAAAAUAUGCAUAAUAUCGGGGUAGAAAAAGUGUUCCUCUAGUUGUACUGAUGUUGUCCAGAGUAGUAAUUUGAAGGUGCACAUGUGUUUAUAUGCACUUCUCUUACCCUGACAAACAUUGUCACCUAAGGUAAACUAAAAUGUUAUGUUUUCAUCUGAAGAAUAGGUACAGUGUCAGCCCUUUAUCUGCUGAAGUUGGAGGAUUUUGCACAGAUGCUAGUAGAUGUGGUUUUCAUUUAGGCUUUUGAAACGCCUUCUUUGGAUAAGAUCGUUCUACAGAGCUGGGUGAUUUCAAAGAACAAGUGAGUGGUAUCCCGUAAGAAUGAAUUCUCCCUAAUAGCUUCUCUGAGGAGGUAAAACCAGAAGAAAGGAAACUUGGUCUGUUCAACAUGUCAUUCAGAUUAUUUAUUUAUAAACAACAGCACAGCUACUGGCCCCUAUAAUAUACUGUAAUUUUAAAAACAAAAACCAAUCAAGAAAAAUGGGAUACACUCUUUGACGAAAGCUUUUAAUGCUAAUUGUUUAAAAAUGGCAUGGAAAAUAAACUCAACUCCUAGUUCAACUCUUCCCCGCCCCCACUUUUUGGGUUGUGCUUGCCAUCGUCUUAUCUUUAAUUUCUGUAUAUAUAUAUAUAUACUUUGGAUGCAGUUUAGCUUGGUAUUAAUGACAUUUUACACGUGAGCAUAUGGGCAAAAACUGCACAGUUGUAAUGGUAUUCCAAUAGCAAUUGUCAAACUGCACAAGUCAGUGAUUGUAAAGUAUUCUGUAACAAGCAAUGUUUGUCUUCUAUUUUUUGAUACCUCUUACACUUAUGUCUUUUAGAAAGACAGUGCCUCUGUAUGCUUUUUUGUAUUUUUAUCGAGUGAUUGUAAAUAUUUGUUAUAUUUUUGGUUAAGAGAAUGUUUAAAAGUACUGUUUAAUAUCCAAUCUACUAAUGUUGUUGGAACCAAUAAACAACUUAACAUGGA